GGUGAGCGGCGGGGCCGGGGCUCCUCUCCCCUGUCCGGGGCGGGCGGGCUCUCCUGGGAGCGGGGGCUCGGCAGCGCUUCUGCCGUGGUGCGGCUGUUGGAGGCGGCGUAAGGCGGAGGGAGCCGGACCUCCCGUCCCCGGCGCCGCUGGGCUCUGCGGGACAGGCCCGUGCACUUUUCUGGGUGUUGUGUGAAAUUAUAUGUCUUAUAGGAGAAGGUUGCUGCUGCAGGGUAACGCACCUCGUCGUGACCAAGGUGAAGUUUCUUUGGAGAAGAACAGCCCUAAGAUGGCAGGCAAAGGAAGUAGCAGAGCAGACUCCAUGUCCUGCAGUGUUCUGAACUGGGAGCAGGUCAGCCGUCUGCAUGAGGUUCUUACAGAGGUGGUUCCCAUCCAUGGGCGGGGGAACUUCCCGACGCUGAAGAUAACUCUGAAGGACAUUGUUCAGACGGUUCGGAGCCGGCUGAGCGAAGCAGGCAUUGUGGUCCACGAUGUCCGUCUGAACGGUUCUGCAGCUGGUCACGUCCUGGUCAAGGAUAAUGGGCUGGGAUGCAAAGACCUGGAUCUCAUUUUUCAAGUUUCUCUUCCAAGUGAGGCAGAGUUUCAGUUAGUUCGAGAUGUGGUCUUGCGAUCCCUCUUGAAUUUCCUGCCGGAAGGAGUAAGCAAGCUGAAAAUCAGUCCCGUAACACUGAAGGAAGCCUACAUCCAGAAGCUGGUCAAAGUGUACACGGACACUGACCGUUGGAGCUUGAUAUCGCUUUCCAACAAGCAUGGCAAAAACGUGGAGCUUAAGUUUGUAGACUGCAUACGGCGGCAGUUUGAGUUCAGCGUGGACUCGUUCCAGAUAAUUCUGGACUCCCUGCUCUUUUACUAUGACUACUCAGAAACACCCAUGUCGGAGCACUUCCACCCAACUGUGAUUGGGGAAAGCAUGUAUGGAGACUUUGAAGCAGCUUUUGAUCACCUCCAGAACAAGCUGAUUGCUACCAAAAAUCCUGAAGAGAUCCGAGGUGGUGGGCUGCUGAAGUAUAGUAACCUCUUAGUACGAGACUUCAGGCCUAUGGAUAAGGACGAGAUCAAAACGCUGGAGCGCUACAUGUGCUCCCGAUUCUUCAUAGACUUCCCAGACAUCCUGGAUCAGCAGCGAAAGCUGGAGACCUACCUUCAGAACCACUUCUCCAAAGAAGAGAGGAGCAAGUACGACUACCUCAUGAUUCUGCGCAGGGUGGUGAAUGAGAGCACCGUCUGCCUCAUGGGGCAUGAACGAAGGCAGACUCUCAAUUUGAUUUCUCUGCUGGCACUCAAGGUGCUGGCAGAACAGAACGUCAUCCCUAAUGCCACUAAUGUGACCUGUUACUACCAGCCAGCACCUUAUGUCAGCGAUGCAAACUUCAGCAACUACUACCUGGCAAGCGCCCCUGUGCUGUACAGCCAGUCCUACCCCACUUGGUUGCCUUGCAAUUGAUCGCUUCCCUCGAGUGCUCCUGGCUGGAGGCUACUGAGAGCCAAAAGUGUAAAUAUAGACAAGUAAUAAGUUGUCAGUUGGAUGUUCUCUAAUGGAAACAUGACUGUAUCAGACUGUCCAUUUCCUGGUGGUGCAGUGGGAUUGUGCAGCCUGGUGACCUGCUAUGAAUCUUUAAGAGUAUCUCUACAAAUGCCAAAAAGCCUUAUUACCUCUUCGUGGGGAGAAGAGAACCAGCAGUCAGAUGCUAAGAGGAGCAGUUAAAAAACUUUGUACUAGCUCUGGAAGUGGCUGUUAACAGGGAUCUAAAUGGAAUAUUCAGUAAACUGGGUUGCUUAAUUGACUGUAAAAUGCCUUAAGCAGAAGCUGCUCCUGGGGUAGCAGCAAAACUCUGCUUUCUAUUUCCUAACCUCAUUACUCUUCCUCAGUCCGGGUUCUGGCCAAAUUUCUAUUGAACUAGUUGUGCCAAGACUGGGCUCAUGUUAUGCUUGGGUCUCUUUCACUUUGUGUCUGUGUGAGUUGGUAACAGUAUGGAUACCGUCUGUCUUGCAGAGGACAUAAAUGUUGUUUCUUGUAGUGCCUAUGGCUAUGUGGUCCUGCCUUGAGUUUAAGAUUAAUUUAUUGGAAGUUGAAGAUAGUUUAGUAAGUCUAUUCAUAAAGCAUAAGCUGGUUCAAUUUUUCUUGACUACAAAAACUUGGAAGGUGGCAUUCCUAAAAACACACCAAAACAUAAUCUAAAACUUGGUAAUGUGAAAAGUCCUUGAAAUGAAGAACUGAAGCUUUAAAUAGAAUUGGAGCCACAGUCUGAACAGUUAACUUGGAAAAAUAUUCUUGAGUCCAGCAUGAAGCUAAAGCUUUUCUGACUAUCUUUCAAAACAAUUUUGGCACAGUUGGAGGGUAGCACAGCUUACUUUGGGGUUUGACCAGAUUUUCUUCCUCACAGGUCUGCAGCAAAACCAACAAAAAUCCCAAGUCACUAUAAGUUGCAGGAUUAUGUGCACUCCCGCCACAGUACGAAUUCUGAAAGUGCCCCCUAAAAUGAAUUUCUCAUUGUACAACUUCAGGCCGGUCCUGAAGCUUUGCCUUUCUGUUACCACUGAGCUUACUAGGUUAUCACUAUCACCUGGUCACGGCAUGAGACAGCAUUUUGAGUGGUUAGGGUAAAAUUCUUCCUUUUUACUGCUCUUAACCCUCACUUGAAGAGGUGUACAAACCCUAAGCAGAGCUCUCCACAGAAUCUGUAUGUGUUGAAAGUCUGGGCCUGAGUUCAGAAUAGUCUCUGGAAGAGAAUGCACUCCCUUGGAGGUACAGAGGGCUGAUCUUCCUGAAGGGUGUGUGCUGAACUUGCUGCUUUGAGACUCCCGGGCUUUAUAAGGAAGGUUAAAAAUGACUCAGUUAUGUAAUGGUGUUAUUAACUGGAUGAUUUUCACUGAAUUACAAUAGUAAAAUACAUAUAGCAACGAUCUUGAGGAUCUUGAGUUUCUUUUGUUUAACCAGAGAUGUAGAUUAGAAAGGCAAAUCUUAGAGCUAUUUAUUAUGUGGUAAUGCAAUGCUCAAGAAUGCUUGUUCACUGAAUCUUUUUUAUUACUUCUAUAAUUAUUUAUUACUGUUUCUGCAAGCUUGUAAGACCAAAGUGCCUGAUCCAACAGAUGAUUAAGGCUUAGAAGGUAAAGCAGAAAGCGGAUGGAACACCAAUGUUUGGUUGCCAUUCAAGGUGGAAAACAGCAGCACUGCUGUACUUAAAUGAUGGUAAAAAUGGCCUGCUUCUCUAAGACCAAGAAGUUCUUUCCACUUCUCAUAACUACUUCAUAAAGACUGUCUCAACAGAGCAGUGAGGCUACUUCUCUGUUCAGACUUCAUUUACCUUAGGAAGGCAGGGAGGGAUGCAAUCUACCAAGUGGACUGUAUGUAGCUAAGCAGGCUUUAGCUUAAUUUCCUGAACAGUUUUGAUAGCAACUUCGGUAGCAAAAAGAUAAAUAAUUUGGUGGAUUAUAUUGUAUGUUUUUUUCAUUAAAGGCUUCCUGAUUAGUCAGCCAAAGUAGCUAAACUUGAAAGCAAACCCAGCCUUUUUCAUUAACUGUGGCUUGGACUUGGUGUGGUUUACAGACAAGACAUCUGUCAUCCAAGACUUUGACUUUUUAGAAACUAACAUGAUGCCAGUGUUGUCAUAUGUGUUAAACUUAGUGCAAGCUUCCUGCUGGAAUGAAAUCCUAGGCAAGAAUAACUCCUGCAUGGAAAGCAAUACUUGGCCUAGUAUAGAGUGUCACUAUAGAGAAGACUUAAGAGUUUGUAAUUGCUGUCCUCUCUUGCAUAGAUGUUUUUGAAGCCAGCCCAUGCUGUAGCCAUUGCAGAGGUGAACAGUUGCCUAGAGGGGCUCAGACUCGGGUAUCUGCCUUCUCUGUGACGUCAUGGCUGAUCUUUAGGAACUGUUUUUUGUGCAUUGGCUCACGUGGAAGAAGUGGUGAGAUGCUUGGGAGGAGUCCUCACAAGCUGGAAACACAGACUUGUUUUAUUAGUCUUUAAUGCCUUGGCUGCUGAACAUCAGGCCAGGUGCAUCUCCUGGAAAAGGAAAUGCUAGAGAAUGAAAAAAGGCUGAAUUGGAUUCCUAGUGAGAUAGAGCUAGGGAAAAGUGAAGUUUCCUGCCAUAACUAUUGUGCUUUUGCUGAUGUAACUUGAUGCUGAGGCCUCUGAGGGAGCUCCACAUUGAAUUGCUGCUCUCUGAACAGCCAAAUGCCUGGGUUUGAGCUUUGCAGGAUCCUUGUGUUCCCUCUCUGGUUGUUAGAAUGCUCUGGCAUGUGGGAAAUACUGGUGCUUUGUAACCUGGCUCUUAGAUACUAAACCCUUGAAUGGUUAAAUUGUAUCCUGAAACUGCACACUACCUGCUGUGUUGACCCUGGAGUACCAGGGAUUGCUGGGGCACUGCUUGUCCCACUGCCUUCAAAAUAAUCCAGGCUUGGCAGGUAAAGCUGGUGUACUUGGUAGCUUUUCAUCACUGUGCUGCAAGCUGCCUGCCCCAUUCUGUUCUGGGUGGUCCUGGCAG